AUGUAUAUUCGUCGUCCAUUAACCGAGAAAACUGAUUUUACCGAUAUAUUAAGACAAAUUAUAAAUAACUUUGAUGAUACGAUUCAACGUAGUGCAACAAGAACAAGUGAUCCAAAAACAGCGUUAUGUUUAGCAAAUGCAUUAAAUGUAAUAUUAAAAGAAACGAAUGUUUUAUCUUGGGUUUUUGCUUUUUCGUACACAUGUUUACAGUGUACUGAAAGGUGGCGUUCUAUUGGUUGUCGUAAUUGUCGUGGUGAAACACACACUAAAAACGAAUGUUACAUAAUCUCUGAAAAUUCAAGCCAUUUAUUAGUAACCCAUAAUACAAGAAAUGUUGGUUUGCGUCGAUUAAUAAGAGAUCGUUUAUCACUAAGAUGUGAAUUAACAUCGACUAUUAUUGAUUAUUAUUUAAAUAUUUUAAUAGUUAUUACUGAAGAUGCACGAACGCUUAUUGUUAAAAAGUGUUCCAACUCCGACUAUUUAUCUGCUGCAACCCAAGUGUUGCUCUGCUAUAAAGCAAACGAAGGAACAUUUGACACAUAUUCAACACCUGCUGAAAAACAAUUAGACAUUAGUACAUGGAAGUUAUUACCUGAACCAGAUAAGAAAAACACCAACAUAGUCAGUGAUCAAUUAUCACAAAAAACUGCACAUUAUGUUAUUGAUCGAUAUGAUUUAUCAGCAGAUGAUUUAAAAAAUUUAAUUCAAUCAAACUAUGAAUUAAAUGAUACAAUCCUAAAUCCACAUUUAUAUCUAACAGCAAAACUCGUCCAAAACCCAAUUUUAUUCGAUUCAGUUGGUACACACGCAUUCAUUCAACGUGAAUUUGCUGCAAAAGAUUUUAUUCUAUCUCACAAUGAAUGGUUUAAAAAUAAUAUUGUUUUAUUUCCCAUUCAUCAUCAUCAACAUUCGUUGAUGUAUAUAACUGAUAUUCAAAACAAGUUUAUCGUUGAAUUUGAUUCUGCACUGUCAAACACCUUCCCCAAAACAAAAUAUAUACAAUCAAUAUUAAAUUGUUAG